UCACUAAACUACAGCAGGUAAGGAGCAGCUGCUCUCGGUCACCAAACUACAGCAGGUAAGGAACCGACCUUACCUGCUCUCUGCCAGAUCACCGGAGCUGGAGCAGGCAGAGACCUCCCCUGAACCCCCUCCCAAGGUUGUUACGCUGAGCAGCUUUAUGCUUCUCUAAAGCCAGAAUUCACCAUGACAACUGUAACAGUGACCACAGACGUUCCCUCAAGAGCUAAGACAGAAGACGGCCCCAUCUUCUGUGGAUCAUCAUCAGCUCACAUUAUUGAGGAAACCGAGUAUGUGAGAAAGAUUCGAACUACCCUGGAAAAGAUCCGAAAUCACAUGUUUAAGGAUGAAGAAGGCCAUGCCAAUGCAAGGCACAAACUAGAUGCAGAGCGAUCCGGAAACAUUCAGAAUGGCCCAGAUUCCACCCCAGACCUCACCUGUCUGGAUUUACUCAUGGAAACCAUGAGAAGAAAAGAUCAGCAGCUCCUCGAAAUGAACAAAGAGAAUGAAAUGUUACAAAUCAAGCUGGAAGCUUCCAGAGAAGCAGGAGCAGCAGCUUUGAGAAGCGUGGCUCAGAGAUUAUUUGACAACUACCAAACACAAGCUGAAGACCUGGAGAGAAAGCACAGGGACAGUAGCCAUUUCUUUCAGGUCAACAACCUUGAGAAAGAGCAGGCAUUAAAGCGAAGUGCCGAAAAUCUGAAUCUACUUUCAGAAAAACUGGAAGAAAAACAUGGGCAAAUCAUAGGGCUGGAAAACCGUGUACAGAGGAUGGAAAAUGAAAAGAAAACACUCCUAGAGAGAAAAUCAUGUUUAGAGAGCAAGCUGCUUCAGCUCAAGUCCAACGCUGCAAAUUCAAAAAGUUGCCAGGACCUUCAAAAGGAGAUUUCCAUCCUCCAGGAGCAGAUCUGCCAUUUGCAGUUCGUGAUCCACUCCCAGCAUCAGAACCUGCGCGGCAUCAUCCAGGAGAUGGAAGGACUAAAAACUACUUUAAAGGAGCAAGAUAAAAAAAUCGAAAAUUUGAAAGAAAAGGUCACCGUGCUUGAAGCCCAGAAUAAAGAACUAAAAACCAAGGUGGCACACUGGACUGAAACACCUAGGCCGUCAGUAUCUAAGGCCAUCUCUACAAGUGAGUUGAAAACUGAAGGUGUUUCUCCCUAUUUGAUGUUGAUUCGGCUACGAAAAUGAACUGGCUGGAUGCAACUCUGAUAGAGAAGGACUUACAUAGAUUUUAUUUGUUCCUUAAAAUGCAGUUUUAGCUCCCAAGUUGAAAUGACAUCAUGCCAGUAUUUAUCUAAAUGUAACUUAGUGUACAUCAAUAACAUCAUAGGAAGGUGAUAUUACAGGCAAUUCAACAAGUGUCUACUAGAGAGAAGAAACUUUUUUCCCCAAAACUUAAAAGGCCAAGGAAUGAGGAUCUUUCCCACAUGGAAGAUGAAUUCUGCUUUAAACCUAAAAAAAUGAAAUUUGAAUCUAUAUCUUCAAAUAUUUUGCAAAGGGGACUCUUUUAUGGUUGCCAGAUUUGACCUUUGAUAGUGGUUUUUAUAUGUAUAAAUAAAGGGAAGUAUGUAAAUAUGUAUAUGGAUGAAUGAUGUAAUUUAAUUUGACAUUUAGGUAAUAAAUAUCUUACCAUGCCACA